AUGAAGUCUGCCAGAGCUGUGGUAGCUGCGAACCACUCUGCCGCAAUGGCGCGCGGCCAGGCAAACGGGUCACUGGCCCAGGAUUAUCAACGUUCCCCUUCCCGCACUAUUACAGGUUUAAGACGGUGGUCAGUAGUCAAUCGAGAUCUGCCACCCGUGGCCCAAGUGAAAGCGAUCCAUGUCUACGACUUCGAUAACACAUUAUUCCAGAGUCCUCUCCCGAAUCCGCAGUUAUGGAACGGGCCGACCAUCGGUUUUCUUCAAGCCUACGAGAGCUUCGCAAACGGGGGAUGGUGGCAUGACCCGAAUCUACUUGCCGCCACUGGGGAAGGUCUUGAAAAAGAAGAACCACGGGGCUGGGAGGGAUGGUGGAAUGAGCAAAUCGUACAAUUGGUCAAGCUCAGCAUGCAGCAGAAAGACGCGCUGACAGUGCUACUUACUGGCCGAGGCGAGAGUGGGUUUGCAAGCCUUAUCAGGCGUGUAGUGGACAGUAGGAAACUGGAGUUUGACCUCAUUUGCCUCAAGCCUGAAGUUGGACCAAACAGCGAGCGGUUCUCAACUACUAUGGAGUUCAAGCAAUCUUUCCUUGAAGACCUCAUUCUCACAUAUAACCAGGCCGACGAAAUACGUGUUUACGAGGACCGUGUGAAACAUGUUAAACAUUUCCGAGAGUUCUUUGAGCAGCUGAACCGGAGGUUUCAGACCGCGCAAAACCCCUCUCCCAGAAAAGCAGUUAAUGCGGAAGUGAUACAGGUAGUGGAAGGGGCUGCGUUUCUGUCGCCAGUGAUUGAAACAGCCGAAGUACAACGUAUGAUCAAUUCCCAUAACGAUGCUGUCCGCAACCGGUCAGCCAAUGGGACCAAGUCGCCGUACGGCCGACUGUGCAUUAAGCGCACCAUCUUCUAUACCGGGUACCUCAUAUCCAAUGCGGACUCCAGUCGUUUGAUCAGUCAAACACUGAACCCAAUGCUGCCCUCGGGGCUUGCUGAUUCUAAUGACCUUAAGUACAUGGCUAACAGUAUACUAAUCACGCCUCGCCCUGCGCCUCGGUCAAUUCUACACAAGGUUGGCGGUCUUGGCAAGAAGCUCAAGUGGAAGGUUACCGGCACCGCAGUCUUUGAACAUAGAGUCUGGGCUGCUCGGUUAACUCCUGUCCCAGCAACAGAGAAGUAUUACACAGAAAACCCACAACCCGUGGUAGUCUUAGCGGUGCGCAAAGGUGCCCGUCCUAUUGAUGCUGGCAAAAUACAAAACUGGCACCCCGUGCCUGCUGAUAAAGCUUUCACUUUUGAAACAGUCGUUGGUGAGAAAAUGGUUUUGCGUGUUGAAGAACAAAAUCCCCAUGAGGGAGAGUGGGAGAGUCAAUUCUUGAAUAAGAAUCAUAAGAGACGUCACCAGCAAGAUCGUGAUGAAGACACUUCAUACCAAAAUGCAGGCGGAACGGGCCAGGAAGGCCCAUCAUCAGGAAGGCCAGCACCCUAUAACCCACGCCAUGGUGGCCGCCAUCAUCACGAGGACGGUCAUCGCCGUGGUGGAUCAUACCGUGGACGUGGACGUGGGUCCGGUUCCAGAGGUAGAGGGCACCCAAACCGAGGGGGGCAACGUGGGAGGGGCCGUGGGCGCGAUGCUGGGCCUCCUCAGGGCUACAGAUCGUUAGACGAUUAUACUGGAUAUGAUGGACCGUAUGAAGAAAAGCCUGGGCCUGGGAAUGGUGGCCCUGUGAUGAACUAUUAG